AUGCCUCUAUUGAAAAGAAAAGCCUUUGAGAAAUCGACGGCGUCUGAGUACCUUCGCGAUGACGAUGAAGUUUUCCAUUGCGAGAUCACCGACGAGAUAUUCAAGGAUUAUGAGGAAUACUGUGAAAGGAUCAUACUGGUUAAUUCCAUGGUGUGGACCUGUGAGAUGACGGGAAAGAACAACUUGACAUAUGCAGAGGCAUUGGAAAGUGAAAAAGCUGCAAGGAAGUCUCUAAAAGAUUUUCCUAUGGAACUCCGUAUACCAAUUCUGUACUUAGCUGCAAAAACCAAACGGUCUUCAUUUGCAGAAAUGUCAGAAGAUGUUUUUAAUUAUGUGAGAGAGAGAUAUUUUGUUGGGGAGUCAGUUGAAGCCUGCCUUGAAGGAGAUUUGUGGAGGGAGGCUCACAUCCUUUCCGUGACAGCACAAAAACAACACCCAGACAGUACUACGACACCUCCAGCAUCAUCAUAUUGUUAUGAAGUGGAACAGUUUGAAGAAUCGGAGCAAACCGCUGCUGGCCAGAUAGGUACUGCUCCUUAUGACCGAGUACGUCGACGUAAAGGCAUAUAUUCACGAGAUAAAAAUCGCCUGUUCCUAAAACAAUUUGUUGAACAAGGACCAGGGGGUGUUAUAACAAUCAAGAAAUCAGCUCUGGAUAAAUACAACAUAAACAAAGUUAAUUUUGACCAGAUAUUUGCUGGUAACCCACCAGAAUUUGCAUCAUCCAAGAAACUUUUAAAGACGAGUAUGUCACCUUCCGCUUCAAAAAGCUUACUUAAGCCAGGUUCCGCUAGUAAACUCAAUAAAUCCUUCAAAAAGGGAAGUCCCGACAAGAAAGGCAGGCAGGAAUCUAUGGACAAAUUUGUGAAAAAGACUGAUAAAGCUGAAGCAUCCUCAAAACCCAAACCACCGAUGAAUCCUGAUGCGAAGAAAAGUGCACAGGAGUUGGCCGAGAAGAUGCGACAAGCUGAGGAACAAUUGAGGCAGCGCAGAGAAGAAGAAAAGGCGAAAAAGAAAGAGAAAAAUGCGCGCCUGCUAGCACAUCUCAAAGAGUGGCAGAAGAUUAAGGAUGAUCAAGAGUUGGAGGAUCACAAGGUAAUCCCCAAAGCGACACCAGUCGAAGUUCAAGGAAUACCGCACAAGCAUUUCGGCGAUUUCCUAUCGGUCCUUGAAUUUGUUCAUAUGUACAGUGACAUAUUGAAACUGAAGGAUGUGUUCCACAAUGAAUUUGAUCUGGAAUUGUUCAGAAAGGCAUUGACAUUGAAGGAACACGCUGGGGCUUUCAGUGAUUUGAUACAAAUGUUUCUGACGACAAUAUUCACUCUUCAAGAAGAUGAGGCUGAGGAGUAUAAUGAAGGUGGUGGCAUACAAGAGUCCACAGAGGAUACUGACUUAGAGAGUGAUAUUGGAAUAUCUAAAGCAAUAGAGCUAGCCACUAAAGCCAGUAAAUGGUCUCAAACAUACCUUGGUACUCCCCUCAGCAAGCUGCCACUUGACCCAACAACCGUCAGUGAAGUUUUGAGGCUUCAUAUGCUGUCGUCGGGAGGCGUGGGCGGGGGGCGGGGCGCGGCGUGGCGCUCCGUCCAGCGUGGGGGCUACAGCGGAGCCGAUGAUGCCGCGCUGCGUCUGCGUCUCACCAGACCACGCCCGGUCUGUCGCCUGGCCAACGCCCAUGUGGCUGAUCUACCACUUGAGGAAAAGUUCUUGAUACUUCAGUGUCUAAUGAAUCAAAUACUGAGCUACGCGAGCGUCCGCGACAUCACUGAAGAGAGACUCGAAGAAUACAAAAUGGUCAAGCAGUCAUUACGCAUGCUCCAGAUCAAUGAACGGAAACGUGAAGUCCAAUUGGUAGCUACGCGUCAAGAACUAAAGAAGGAAGCAAUGACUAAGAAAGAGGAGCAGAAGUUAACAGGAGAUAAGGCAAAAGCAGUUGAUGAGGAAUUAAAACUUGCAAUAGAGAAGCUAAGCAAGGAAAGCGAAGCUAAGCAUCACGAAUACGAAAAGAAACUUAAAGAGCUACAGCUAUCUAUGUUUAACUACACAUCAUAUCUUGGCAUGGACCGCGCCUACCGUCGCUACUGGGUGAUGAAGCGCGUGGGCGGGCUGUUCGUGGAGGCGGUUGGGGAGGAGGACGAGCGCGGCCCCUGCCGACUCAAGCCGCCCCUCGCGCACCCCUCGCGUGACGAGAGAGCUGGAAGUGACAAAGAAAACGAGUCUGCUGCCAAUUCGCGCGGUGGUUCACCGAAGAAGCCAUUAACUAAUAUAAACGGGAUCACGCACAAGAUGAAUGGUAACGAGCCGGGCUCGCCACCGAACCCUGUCGUCCUGCAACGCGCUAGAGAGCUGAUGCUGUGCACUUCUGACAUCAACACUUGCUACGUGCAUGGCAAGGUGGAUCGACCCCAUUGGUCUGUAUACCACACUGAAGAACAAAUUCAAAACCUCAUCCAGUCCCUGAAUAAGCGCGGUCUACGCGAGAACGAGCUCCGACAUUCUAUAGAGCUGGAUGGCACGAAUUUGAUAAAUCACGUUAAAAAGUGCCCGUUACAUCUGUUAAAUCCUACAGCAGCACCGCAACCCCUCGUUCCCGCGUCACACCACAUGACCCGGCAGCGUCGCAUACAGCCGUCACUCAACGUGCCCCCCGACUCCACUCUCGCCGAGGCCCUGGAGCUGUCCUUACGAGAUCACAUCCUCGAGCUGGAGGAGAAGAUCUUCCACGGUUGUCUGGGAGCCCUAAAAGUGAAGGAUCGCGAGGCGUGGCGCGGCACCAUAAUGCUGAAGGGCUAUGACAAGCAGUCUGAGCGGUUGAGAUGGGGCCCCGCGCAGCGAUACAGAGACGAUUGCCACCUCCCUAACGGAGUACUACGCCUGCCUCAUGACGUAGGUGAAGAGGAGGCCGAAGUGAUAACAGAGAAUAAGUACAGAGACCCGGGAAACUAUUUGGAGGCUCCAAAGGUGAACGGGGUGAAGUCUGAGCCCACAGAGGAGGAGGAGACGAGUGCAGACCCCACAGUAGUCCGCGGCUUAGCCUCCGCGUUGCUGCAGGUCUCGCAGGCCAUACACCACAAAUACCUGAAAAGACCGUUGGGUCUAGACGACAAGGAGCGCAAAGAGCGCGAGGCGAAGAACAAACCGCUCGACCUGGAGGCGCUGGAACGGUGGGAGGUGUCGCUGAUGGAGUGCCGCAGCUUCGCCCAGAUCGUGCUGCAUCUGCUCACGUUGGACUCCAGCAUUAUGUGGUCGGCGAGCAUCCUGAACGCCAGCUGCAGGCUGUGCAGGAGGAAGACGGACCCGGACAACAUGCUGCUCUGCGAUGGCUGCAACAAGGGACACCAUCUUUACUGCCUCAAGCCUAAACUAUCGAAAGUACCUGAUGGUGAUUGGUUCUGUGAUCAAUGUAAACCUAAGGAGAAGACACCGAGGAAGAGAAGAAAACUCUUCUCCGAUGAGGAUGUAGAAGAAGAACUUGACACUAGCGGUGGUGCAGCCGAAUGGGGCGGCCUGUGUGGUGCGUGUGGCAGCGGUGGCAGACUGGCGGCCGCUUGCCGUGGCUGUGGCGCCCGCUGCCACAGCGAGUGUUUGCCACACAGGCGCGCAGUCUGCGCCGCUUGCACGACUGGAGCCCCUGCGCGAAGAGAGCACACGGUGCGUCGGUGCGCGGCGAACGCGAUCAACAACAUCCACGAGUACGCGAGGGCGCUCGACUCGCGCCGCAACUCGUCCGAUUCCGAAGAUAGCGAAUACAACACAGCUCUCGUCAAACUGAAGACGCGCAAGUCUCGAGGGAGUAAAGACCACUCACCGAUACCGAAUGGCAGUGCCAAAAGAGGGCGCAAGCCCAAGAGUGACAUGAAUGGCACAUCAAGUAGAAAAUCUAAGUCGUCUCUCACAAAUGGCGUACAUGAGGAGCGAAGUGUACCGAAGAAACGCAGCAGCCGCUACGAAGUACAGUUGCACCGGGAGGUGCUGGAUGCCCUGCUGCGAGACGUGAUGAAGCACAAAGAUAGCUGGCCUUUCCUAGAGCCUGUCUCCGUAGAACAGGUGCCCGACUACCUUGACGUGAUAGACGAGCCGAUGGACCUCAGCACGGUGGCUGCAAAACUUGCGGACAACCAGUACGGUGCCGACGCCGAUCUGCUGAGCGAUAUCGCGCUCAUGUUCAGCAAUUGCUUGCUCUACAACAAGGAGUCUCACCCAGUCGCCAAGGCCGGGUAUCGCCUGCAGAAGUACGUCACUAAACGUUGUGCAGAGCUAGAAUUGCCUCCCCUCCCACAGAUGAGCCUUGAAGAAGAGGAUGACGAGGAGUUGAACAAACGCAAGAACCAAGACGGAGAUGACUUUGAGCCCAAGGCCAAAAGGUCCAAACUUAAG